UAUAAACAGCAGCCUCUCUGGUCCUGGACUCCGACACAGUCUUCUCGGUGUCCUGGGUGUAGGUGCCCGCAUGUGUGCGUGUGUAUAUGUGUGUGUGGAUGUGUGUGCGUGUGUGCUGGUGCUGACUUGAUGCGGUGGACGGUGUGAGCCAGGACCCUCACACACAGCAUGGGCCCCGGGGAGUACAUCUGUGUGACCCUGCGUGGCGGGGCCCCAUGGGGGUUCGGUGUGCGCGAGGGAGACGGGGACACCUACACACCCUUUCAGGUCUACCAGGUCCAGGAGGACGGGGCUGCCUUCAGCGCUGGAGUGAGGGACUACGAUGAAGUGGUGUCAAUCAACGGAGAGCCGUGCGAAGAACUCCAUCUCCCAGAAGCCCUUUAUCUGAUCAACUCCUCCACAGACUGCUUGCAGCUCCUCCUGAAGAGGUACGGCUCAAGCCCCACCGGCAGCAUGGACCCAGACGACGAAGAGGAGGAAGAGGAGGAGGAGGAGGAGGAGGAGGUGCGAUACCGCCCGACCACAUCCCCCCGCGUGACCCUGGAGAGCACCACCCUCCACAUCCUGUCCGCCGGCCGCCCCCACCCGGCCGCCCGCGACCCCAGGGACCUCUACGUCUCCCAGCCCCCCGACGGGGACGGCUCUCCCUGCUACGGCGCGGCGGUCCGAGACCCCGACCCCGAGGACGGUCCGCCCCUGCUCCGCCGCUUCUCCCCCGGUGCGGCCGUGGAGCUGCGGCUGUCCCUCCCCCCCGACCCCCUGGAGUGCACCUCCCUGGGCAGCGCCCUGGGCAUGGAGGGGCUGACCUGCGCCCCCGAGGACGCGCCCCACCCCCACACCUCCACCCGCUCGCUCUACGUGCCGGCCCCGCCCCCCCGCGAGCCCAUGGGCCAGCGGGGGGUGGUGCUCCGCCAUGCCGGCUCCGCCUCCGGGGGGCUGGGGCAGGUGGAGUUCACGCUGCAGCACCCCGUCAGGGGCGGGGCUGGCGAGGCGGUGGUGGGGGGGCCCGGGGCCGGCGGAAGCGUUGGAUCCCGGGGGACGGCGGGAGUCGAGGGAGGGGGCGGGCGCAGCGAGGGAACCCCUCCCUCCUUCUCCGUCUCCUUUGGCGUUCCCUCGGAGGAGGCCGGCACUGUGGAGGAGAGGGACCGCGACUCGGAGGGGGAACCCCAAGAGCCCAACAAACACCACGCCCGGCACGCCAGGCUCAGGCGCAACGAGAGCCUGUCCGAGAAGCAGGUGAAGGAGGCUAAGUCCAAAUGUAAGCGCAUCGCCCUGCUUCUCUCCGCCGCUCCGCCCAACCCCAACAACAAGGGGUUGUUGAUGUUCAAGAAGCAUCGGCAGAGGGCCAAGAAGUACACUCUGGUGAGCUACGGCACCGGGGAGAGCGAACCCGAAUCCGACGGCGAGGACGACGCAGACGAAGACGGCGAACACACCGUCGAGUUCACCCUGCUGGCCACGAGCGACGCCGACCUCGACGGGCACUUCUUCACCGACACCCAGACGGGAAAGGGCGUGCUCACCAUCAACUGGGACAAGGGGCUACUGGAGAUCGAGCAUAUUCUGAACAACCCGGAGGAGAUGGAAUGUCUCCCUGACACCAAGGGCAAGGGUGCAGUGAUGUUCGCGCAGCGGCGCCUGAGGAUGGACGAGAUCACGGCGGAGCACGAGGAGAUGCGACGCCAGGGGAUCCCCGUGGAGGGGCUCCAGGAGACCGAGACCAAGGCCUCCUACCAGCAGGUGGAGGAGCACUCGUACAGGCAGUCCACCAACGAGAGUAGUGCCUACACGGAUGUGGCUGUGCAGCAACAGCAGCAGCAGCAGCAGCAGCAGCAGCAGCAGCAGCAGGAGCAGCAGCAGCAGCAGCAGGAGCAGCAGCAGCAGCAGCAGCAGGAGCAGCAGCAACAACAAGAGUACCAACAGUACCAGGAGCGACAAUACUAUGAGCAACAGCAACAGCAGUAUCAGCAGCAACAGCAGCAGCAUCAGCAGCAGCAGCAACAGCAGGAGCAGCAUCAGCAGCAGCAGCAACAACUGUAUCAACAGCAGCAACAGCAGCUACAAUACGAGCAGCACUAUCAGCAGCAGCAGCAACAACAAUAUGAACAACAGCAAUAUCUGCAACAACAGUCUUAUCAACAACAGCAGCACUACCAACAACAGGAGUAUCAGCAACAGCAGGUUAAGCAGUACGCUGCGACCAAUGGCACAGUCCACCACCAAACCAAUGAAGUGCAGAGCUCAUAUGCCAAUCACACGGCGAAACCUUUCUCCGUGGAACAGAUGACCCUCAACCCCUACUCUCCCGCCAUGAGUGGGACCAACCAAGAUCCGAACAGCCAGGGAGAGGAGAUAGCGUCCCGUGAUGAACGCAUCGCUACACCUGCGAUCAGGACGGGCGUCUUGCAGGACACCAGAAAAAGAAGCACAAUGUUCACAUUUAAAGAGGCACCGAAGGUGUCGCCCAACCCUGUGCUGCUGAACCUCCUCAACAGGAACGAGAAGAAGGGUUUUGAGUAUGCAGCUGAAGAAGACUUCCUUAGCCUAGGGGCUGAGGCCUGUAACUUCCUCCAGUCUACAAGAGUCAAACACAAGACCCCUCCACCGGUUGCUCCAAAGCCCGUUAUUAGCCCCUCCUCUCUAUCAUGGCUGCAGCAGAUCGAACUGACCAACCAGGAUCAGCCUGAGCUCGCUGAAAAUAGUGUGCCAGCACCUGCUGUUGCCCCCACCGUGGAGGCUGCCCCUGCUCCUGAACCAGAGCCAAACCCUGCACCUGCUGCUGAGCCCUCUCCUCCCCCUGCCCCCCAGCAGGCCCCUGCCAACAACCACCCCGAUCAAGAGCCCACAUGGAUUGUCCCGGAGCCCCAGACCAAACCUCAACCUCAACCUCAAUUUCAACCUCCACCUCCCACUCCACCACAGCUAAGGGCAGCAUAUGAAGAAGACGGCACUAGAAAUUCUCCCACAGAGCCCCCCGCAGUCCCGGUGAAAUCUUGGGUUCCAGCAUCAGCUCCAGCACCAGUUUCAGCACCAGCACCAGCACCAGUGCCGUCACCAGUACCAGCACAGCAACACCCAGCUCACAGUUCCUGGGGUUCAGCUCAAGUGCAACCACAGGAGCCGGCUCCACGCCACUCACCCUCACCGCUUCCUUGGGUGACACCUCAACCCCCUCGUCCCCAGGUCCAGCCUUCACCAGUCAGGAAUGACUGGGCACCCCCUCAGUCCCCUCAGCAAGCCCAGCCAACAUGGGCCCAGCCACAAGAGCAGUACCAAGCUCAGACGAUUAAUGCUCCAGCAGCAUGGAGCCAGCCUCAAGAGCAGUGCCAACCUCAGACGAAUAAUGCUCCAGCAGCAUGGGCCCGGCCUCAAGAGAAGUCCCCUCCUCUGACAAAUAACCCGCCACCAUGGCUCCAGCCUCGAGAGCAGCCUCAACCACAGCUUGUCCAGCAGCCUUGGAAUCAGCCCCAGCAACAAAUGCAAGGGCAACCUUGGGCACAGCAGCCACAGCCAAAUUACCAACCUCAGCUACCAUGGGGGCAACAAGCUCAGCCAGUGCCACAGGCACAACCACCAUGGGUUCAGCAAGCUGUUCCACAACAAGCAUGGGCCCAGGGGCAGGGACAUCCUCAACCACCCUGGCUUGCGGCUCAACCCCAGCAGCAGCUGGAUCAAAUGAAUGCUUGGCCCCCGUCUCAGCCCCAACAGCAAGCCCAACCACCUUGGAUGCAAGCGGCCCAAACCCAACCUCAAGCUCCUUUAAAUCCAUGGGCUCCAGUACCUGCCCAAGCCCAACCCCAACCAAUAUGGGCCCAGCAGCCUCAAGACCCCGCCCAGCCGCCCAUGCAUCCCUGGGGGCCAGAACAUGGUCAUGCCCAACCUCAGCAACCGUUGGCCCAGCCGGCUCCAACCCCUUCUCCGCAACAGCCGAACUGGCAACAGCCCCCUCCGCAGCAACCACAACCCGAACCACCUUUGAAGACAUGGUCUCCAGCUCAGGCAGCCCCCCUAGCACCUGCACCUUGGGGGGCUGCACCGUCACAAUCAACUCACGCACAUGUGUCGGCUCCGGUGAUGAGGGUAGCUCAAUCGUCCCCCAAGCCCGGAACUCCACAGAAUGACGUCUCUCCGACUCCCCCGCAGCCCUCGAACCCGUACACGUUUCACCGGAGGUCCUCGUCACCCAUCAACCCCAUGGCCACGGUGUUGAUUCCGUCCGCCUCGUCGCACGAGAUGCCCUGCUCUAGAGGGAAGGGCGCCGACCUGUUUGCCAAGAGGCAGUCCCGCAUGGAGCGGUUCAUCGUGGACUCUGAGUCCGUGCAGGCCAAUAAGGAGAGCCGGUGUGCGUCACCGGUGGCCUCCCUUCCGACGGAGUGGAAGUAUUCAUCCCAAGUAAGAGCCCCCCCCCCCGUUGGCUAUAAUCCCAUUCAGUCCCCAUCCUAUCCCCCCGCAGCGAUCAAACAUCCCCCACCGUCUAGCCCCAAAUCCAAAGCCAAGAAGAAGGAGAAGGAAAAACCGAAGCCGGCCCCCAAACCCCUUAAUGUUAUAGAGGUGAUGAGGCAUCAGCCCUAUCAGCUCAUGUCCUCCCUCUUUACGUAUGGCCCUGCAGCAGAGGCUGCAGAAAAGGCGGCAGCGGAGGCUGCAGAAAAAGCCGCAGCUCAUCUUGCGGCUAACCCCAACCCUCCCGUGCAAAAUGCGCCAAUGCAGUAUGAGCAAAUGGCUCCGGUCCAGUAUCCUGGACCGAUGAACGCCCCUUACCCCGGGCAGAUGUAUGGAAUGCCACCUCAUCCCUUUAUGCAGGAAGGCCAGUACCAGCAAGCCCCAAUGAAUCCUUACGCACCUCCAAACCCCUAUCAGCAAGCCCCCAGUGGACCCUACUACCAACCAUAUCCCCCACAGUAUCAACAAACCCCACCCAAUGGGUAUCAACCCCAGUCCCCAAGCCAGCCCUACCAGCAGACCCCCCCGGGGGCUUAUCCACCAGCUAGCAACCCUCCCUACCAGCCCGCGCCCUACCAGCCCACAGAGCCUGCCACUCCCAGUGUCUACGUCGCUCCCGGCACCCCCUUAAUGUCCAGGCAGGACUCUGCGUCUGGUAGCAGCAGCGCAGUGGCGGCGGCCCCAAAGCCGAGGUUUAUGGCUAAGAAAGCCUCGGCACAGGUGUGGAAGCCGAGCGUAGGCGGCGAUGAUGAGUGAGGAGGAUAGGGUCGUGGGCGUUUUGAUCCUUGUUCGCUUUACGAACCCGAGUGCUUUUGUCAGGGCGCAGAUAAACCGCAGCGUUUGAAAGGCUUAGUUCACCUUGAUGUGGUUUGAUUUCCAUAGGAAAUCAUUUUGACAAGUCGUAUCCGUUUUGAGUUGCGUGUGCUCAUGGAGAGCCAGGCAUAACAAGAUUCAUUCAGGAUCAGAUGAGAGAUGAGGAUAAAUAGUGAUAUAUUAUUUUUAUAAAACAUGUACAUUUAGACAAAUGUACAUAAUAUGAUGCACAAGGGGAUAUUAAUUCCCGGGAUGACUAGGGAAAGGGGAGUAAGAUCAGAAGGUUGGGGAGCGAGUAAUAAGUGAAAAGAAACAUGAUGGUCGGAAAUUGAUGCAUGUAGAUGACAGCAUCUGGAAAAUGAGAACUGGAAAGUGAUAUUUAAUGACGAGAGAUGGAAAUGGGACAACGACUAAAAAAACGUGACUUAAAAUGUAAAGAAAAAAAAUCAUAAAACUAAAAAGAAAGUAAUGCUGUGACAUCACAAUGCAAUAACGGGACAAAACUAUUGCUUGCUUGCCAUCCGAACGCAUCAUUUCUAAAUGCAAUUUAGAUCCACAAAAUAUUAGUAUUUUAUCUCAGGGUCUUCGGAAAAACCCCUCCCCGAGCUCCUUGGUUUUAUUUAAAACUUGAGGCCAGCUGUUGCGUCAUGUUUAGGGCUAAAUUUAAACCCACGCUGAAUACAUGGGAGGAAGUGUUUUUGGACAGCUGAACUAAAGCGAGACUUGGGUUACCACUUCAGCCAGCGUCAGUGAGUGUCUCACCCUUACGUUUCCUUGAAGGAAAAGAUAAAAAAGAAAGCUGGGGAUACGAUUUCAUAUUUAAUAGCUAAAUAUCCUGACUAUAAACUUUGAUUUCCCACACAUCCGCGGCUGCUUUUAUUUUAUGAAUGGGAUAUUAAUAUAUGAAUGAAAGAAUAGAUUAUAUAAAAGGAAGACCUGGUGCUGAGGACUAGCAGUGCUGUAAGUUUCAUCCAGGCCUUUUCUUUAUUGCAUUGCUUUCUAUCUUUCUGUUCAUUUUGUGUUGUGACAUGUUUCUUCUCUGUGUUUAUCGUCAUUGUUCACCUUCUCUAUGAUUCACCACAUUAAAAUAUACUUUAUCCUGA